AGCAUCACCAUGUCCGGACGUGGCAAAGGAGGCAAGGCAAAGGGCAAGAGCAAGACCCGUUCCAGCCGUGCGGGUCUCCAGUUCCCCGUGGGCCGUAUCCACCGUCUCCUGCGCAAGGGAAACUACGCUGAGCGCGUCGGAGCGGGCGCUCCCGUCUACCUCGCGGCCGUCCUCGAGUACCUGGCUGCCGAAGUGCUCGAGCUCGCCGGCAACGCGGCUCGCGACAACAAGAAGACCAGGAUCAUCCCCCGCCACCUGCAGCUGGCCAUCCGCAACGACGAGGAGCUGAACAAGCUGCUCUCCGGCGUUACCAUCGCGCAGGGCGGCGUGUUGCCCAACAUCCAAGCCGUGCUUCUGCCCAAGAAGACCGAGAAGAAGGCGUAA